CUCGAUUCGCCCUCUGCUUCGUGCCCCCUCACAGUCACAGGCUACCCUUCCUUGCUCUCAUCCUCCAACUACUGUGAAAGAAAGCCAAAGCCAUGUCCGACAUCGAGAAAGGUCAAACCACCCAGGUUAACGACACCGCUGCCGGCGCUGGUCCUGCCACCACCACCGCUGCACGCAGCAACCUGGUCAACAACUACGACUACACCGGGCCCUUCGCCCCCCGCCCGACGAGAAUAGCCAACCCCGGUGCCCUGGGCCUGUUCUCGUUCGCAUCGACGACGUUCAUCCUCUCGCUCUACAACGUCAAUGCGCGGGGCAUCAACACACCCAACGUCGUCGUCGGCAUGGCCAUCUUCUGCGGUGGCCUCGCCCAGCUGCUCGCCGGCAUGUGGGAGUUCCCCCGCGGCAACACGUUCGGUGGCACUGCGUUCUCAUCCUAUGGCGUCUUCUGGAUGUCGUACGCCGCCCUCUUCGUCCCCGGCUCCGGUAUCUCGGUCGCCUACACCAGCAAAGACGAGUUUGACCAGGCCGUCGGCAUCUACCUCAUGACCUGGUUCAUCGUCACCUCGCUGCUCCUGAUCGCCGCGCUCCGCCGCAACUUCGGGUUCAUCUUCCUCUUCUUCACGCUCGACCUCGCCUUCCUCUUCCUCGCCAUCGGCUCGUUCAACGGUAGCGUGACGGUCACCAAGGCCGGCGGCGGAUUCGGCAUCAUCGCCGCGCUCGCGGCGUAUUACUGCGGCCUGUCUGAGCUUCUCACCCCCGCCGAGUCGUGGUUCGGGCUGCCGCUCGGUGGUAUCCCGCAGCGUCGCGUCGACUGAGCUUGCUCGUUCGUUCGUUUAUUUGAUCGUUCGUUCGUUCGCUUGCCUUUCUCCGUGUCCAUGCAUUGUCCCUCCACUACACGCAGGGACAGCUGGGUCCACGGCGACUACAAAAAGUCGGAUACCAUCGAGAUGAGAUGAGAUAGGCUUCUUCUUCCUUUCGUGCUUGAUUCCCCUCUAUACCUUCUACUAUUCCCCGUAUAAUGGCUACCCCUUUACCCUUUUUACCCCCAGC